AGGCUGCGAGGCGCCGGCGGGGAGAGACAGGAGGCACAGACGGCGCCCCAGGUCGCACUGCUGCCGCCGCGCCCCGAGGAAUGCCGAGGCGCCAGCCCCGUGGGUCGCCCUAGGGAGAGGCGCUCCUCCGGUACCGCCCGCCUCGCUGCCCGCGCCCGGGGGAGGCCACCGCCCCCCCGCUGAGCUCCGCCGGAGCCGAUUGCGAGUGGGGCGCCCACGCGGGGCGAAGCCCGGCCCCGCAGCCUCCGGUGAUUUUUUUUUUGUUGGUUGUUUUUGGGGUUUUGGUGUGUGUUGUUGGUUUGUUUUUUUAAUUUCUUGCGAAGGAUGGAUACCUUUCUUCUCGCCUGGGGAUUUCUAGCGCUGUGCUUGCCCGGCUCCGGGGGGACGGCGGAGACAGCUCAGCCGUGUGGUGGCCGCCUGAACUCCAAGGACGCUGGGUACAUCACCUCCCCAGGGUACCCUAAUGACUACCCCUCCCACCAGAACUGUGAGUGGGUUAUCUACACUCCUGAAUCCAACCAGAAGAUUAUCCUCAACUUCAAUCCACACUUUGAAAUUGAAAAGCACGACUGCAAGUAUGACUACAUCGAGAUCCGAGAUGGGGACAGUGAAGCGGCAGACCUGCUGGGCAAGCACUGUGGGAACAUUGCACCUCCUACCAUUAUCUCUUCUGGCCCCUCUCUUUAUAUUAAGUUCACCUCGGACUACGCACGGCAAGGCGCUGGCUUCUCCCUGCGCUACGAGAUCUACAAGACUGGCUCUGAGGACUGCUCCAGAAACUUCACAGGCUCCAAUGGCACCAUCGAGUCCCCAGGUUUCCCUGACAAGUAUCCACAUAACCUGGACUGCGUCUUCUCCAUCAUAGCCAAGCCAAAGACAGAAAUCCUCCUCCACUUCCUGCUCUUUGACCUUGAGCACGACCCGCUGCAGGCAGGGGAAGGAGACUGCAAGUACGACUGGCUGGACAUCUGGGAUGGCAUCCCUCAAGUUGGCCCCUUGAUAGGCAGGUACUGUGGCACCAAGAUGCCCUCAGACAUCCGCUCAACCACCGGCGUCCUCUCACUCACCUUCCACACAGACUUGGCAGUGGCUAAAGAUGGUUUCUCAGCCCAGUACUACUUGAUCCAUCAGGAAGUCCCAGAAAACUUCCAGUGCAACAUACCUCUAGGGAUGGAGUCUGGCAAGAUCUCCAACAUGCAGAUCAGUGCCUCCUCCACCUACUCAGAUGGGCGAUGGACUCCUCAACAGAGCCGACUCAACAGUGAUGACAACGGCUGGACUCCCAAUGUAGACAGCAACAAAGAGUAUCUCCAGGUGGACCUCCACUUCCUGACUGUACUCACAGCCAUUGCCACACAGGGUGCCAUCUCCAGAGAAACCCAGAAUGGCUACUAUGUCCGUACCUACAAGCUGGAGGUCAGCACCAAUGGGGAGGACUGGAUGAUGUACCGACAUGGGAAAAACCACAAGACAUUUCAGGCCAAUGAGGAUGCUACAGAGGUGGUUCUCAACAAGAUCCACAGCCCAGUGCUCACACGCUUUGUGCGAAUCCGUCCGCAGAGCUGGCACAACGGCAUCGCCCUGCGGCUGGAGUUGUAUGGCUGCCGUAUCACCGAUGCGCCCUGCUCCAACUUGCUGGGAAUGCUUUCUGGCCUCAUCCCUGACUCGCAGAUCUCAGCCUCUUCCAUCAGAGGCUACGACUGGUCUCCCAGCAUGGCCCGCCUGGUGAGCAGCCGCUCGGGCUGGUUUCCCCGCAUCCCCCAAGCCCAGCCUGGGGAGGAGUGGCUGCAGGUGGACCUUGGCAUCCCGAAGAAUAUAAAAGGUGUCAUUAUCCAGGGAGCUCGUGGCGGGGACAGUGUGACCACCACUGAGUCCCGCUCCUUUGUGAAGAAAUUUAAGGUGGCUUACAGCAUGAAUGGAAAGGACUGGGAGUUCAUCCAGGAUCCCAAAACAAUGCAACCCAAGCUUUUUGAAGGCAACAUCCACUAUGAUAUCCCUGAAGUCCGGAGGUUUGACCCUGUUCCUGCUCAGUACAUCCGAGUGCACCCAGAGAGGUGGUCCCCAGCAGGAAUAGGAAUGCGCCUGGAGGUGCUAGGCUGCGACUGGACAGAUGUAAAGCCCACUGCAGAGACACUGAUGCCCACUUUGAAGAGCGAGGAGACCACUACUCCAUACCCAACUGAUGAAGAAGCAACUGAGUGUGGUGAUGGCUGUGGAGAAGAGGAGGAUUUCCACCUCCCUGCAAACUUCAACUGCAACUUUGAUCUCCCCGAAGACCUCUGUGGUUGGUCACAUGAUUUUGGAACAGGUUAUACGUGGUCUUUUCAGCCUACUAGCACAUGGAUUGGCAACUCUGAACUAAGCCCUGAGACCGUGCCUGACAGCAAAAGUUACCUGCAGCUGCGAAGCAAUGGAAGGAGGGAAGGUCAGCGAGCCCGACUCAUUAGCCCCACCAUCUAUCUGCCCCGGAGUGCUGUCUGCAUGGUCUUCCAGUACCAGGUGUGGGGCAGCAAUGGGGUGAUGCUGCGGGUCUGGCGGGAAGCCAGCCAAGAGCACAAGGCACUGUGGGUCAUCACAGAGGACCAAGGGGAGGAGUGGAGGGAAGGCCGCAUCAUCUUGCCCAGCUACGACAUGGAAUACCGGAUUGUGUUUGAGGGAUUCAUACGGAGCAGCCACUCAGGAGAGCUCGCCCUCGACGACAUCCGGCUAGGCACCGACAUCCCGCUGGAGAACUGCAUGGAACCCAUCACAGCUUUCCCAGGUGAGAACUUCUACUUUCCAGUGAACUUCCCAAGAAUGGAGGAUGACUUUCCCGUCUCUGAGCAGGACUUUGAAGACAACGGUGAUACAGAUUACUUUGGAUCGGAUAGGAACGACACACUGUUCUCUACUAACUCUCCAGGAACUCCGAGGCUGGACAAAGAAAAAAGCUGGCUGUACACCCUGGAUCCCAUCCUGGUGACCAUCAUAGCAAUGAGCUCCCUUGGUGUUCUCCUCGGAGCCAUCUGUGCUGGCCUGCUCCUCUACUGCACGUGCUCAUAUGCUGGGCUGUCCUCACGGAGCUCCACCACGCUGGAGAACUACAACUUCGAGCUGUAUGAUGGCAUCAAGCACAAGGUCAAGAUGAACCACCAGAAGUGCUGUUCAGAGGCCUGAUGGGUACCCUGGGGAUCACACUUGGUGUUGUACCCAGUGAGGUGGGCUGGCAAGGGGGUACUUUUUUUGCUGUUUUCUAUGAGAACUGAAUGCCAUAAUGGGGAACAAGGGGUGCAGGAGGAGUGAGGGGGAGGUGCUGCUCCUGCCACCAGGUCCCGCUGGCAGGUUGCGCUUCGCCAGGACCAAGUGCGCUUCCCCACAAACCGGACUGUGCCGGGCGAGGGGGGACUGAGCCCCUUGUUUGUUGGUUCACCUUCAUUUGUUGCUGAUGCGAAUGGCCAGGACGUGGUGAGGGAGACUGGUUUACCUUUUGGAUGUGAGAAACUACAUGUGGAUUGUUAUUUCCCACCUCCUCUCUCUGGUGAGUCGCUGAGAAGGCUGAGGGAUUUCUUCUGCCUCCCUGUCUUUAGGAAUAACAUAAACACACACACACAGACCCUGACCACUCUAUACCCCAUCCAGAUAUCAUUUUGGCUGUAGGGAUUUGUGCACAUCAUGCUAAAUCCAGCAAGCUGCAGUUUCCAGUUCUGAAAAUGGAAGCGUGUUGUUACCUUCACCCUUCCAUCUCUUGGUAGGGUGGAAAGGUGGGAUACUGGCUUUAGUGUCGAUGGUAACAGUGCUUUCUGAAGUCAUUAAGAACUAAAUAGAAAGGAAACCCUGUGUGUUGAAGCACCUCUUUGAGAGAAGCUGAAGAGCCUUAAAGUGAUUUGUGAAUAAGAGCCAUUUAUUAAAUCCAGAUCUUGGAUUGCAACAGCUGAGGCCUUCAUCAGGAAGGCUUUUGAAUCUCCCACCCCUCUUGAUCCUGCCCUUUUCUUUUUGCUAUAAUGAGAAAAUUGCAGCAAACGAAAGACAGAGCCUGUCAGGCUGCCCACACUCAGGCAAUGGCUUUGGGAAGGGGGCUUCACUCGGGGUUUAACAUGAGGCUUAGUGUUGAGGCCUCUGUGAAGUGCCAGGGAGGGAAGAUAAGCAGGGAAACAGACUGGAGCCAUGCUGGGAGCCUGGCCACAGCACCUGACACACUCCCCCACCUUUGCCACGCUCCCCUUCGCCCUGGAGCUGGGGGGGUGCACGCUGGUGGGGUCAGCACUGCGGGACCAAACAGCAGCUGCCACAUCCCCUCAGGAGCAAAGCUGUGCUGCUCCCAGUCAGUAGCAAAAACCUGAAGUUUUAUUUAUGAGCUGUGUUUUGUUUUACUUUGAACAAGUGCCUUAGAAGAAGUAUUUUUCCUCCAUCUGAUGAUCAGUGCUGUAUCAGACAAGUGAGGCCUUCAUCCUUUCCCCAGCAAUUCCCCAGCAAAACACUCUUCUUCACCGCUCUCUACUGGGUAGUACCUGGCUGAAAAAGUCUGGUUCUUUUGCUUUCAAGUGGUCUGGCUACAUCAGCUGGAAGCUGAUACCUCUCCACUUACUGUGGGCUGUGGGAGAGGAGUGUUAUGAAAACAGUUUAAUGGUGAAAAAGUUCAAAUGCUGGGCCCUGAACCAAUGCUUUCAUUUCCAGUUCAGUCCAGCCGUAUCGCCUCUAUCAGCCUGUGCUUACACAAGUGAGAAACCUUUCCAGCACCUUGGGUUUGCUUUUCCAGGGGCAAUUUGGAAAUACCUGACAUGUCCUGAUUUUACGUUUUGUUUGGGUUGGGGAUGGAUUUUUUUUCCCCCCCUCACUAACCACAGAGCGCCAAAGGUGUGAUGUGCUGUAAAGCUCAGUUUGCACAAUCCCUGCAAACAUAUCCUGCAGGAGGCCAGGUGUUUGGGGAGACAAGCAACAUCUGGAGAGAAGAUGAGCGUGGACAGUGCUACCGCUGCUCCUCAGUGCAGUGGGAAUAGGAGUGUUUGGCUGGUGUUGCAUGAGGAGCUCCAUCAGACAGUAGGUUUUUAGGAGGAAAAAAAAAAGAAGAGCUGGCUGUAAGAAAGAGGCUUCUGUUACUGGGGCAGCAGGUACCAGCAGCUAUGCCAUCAAAACACCCACGGUUCGUACACGCACACACAGAGACACGCACGCAAAGGCCUUCGUUCCUGUAAUUCACACUGUGUGCCCGACAGAAACAGCAGUAAACAGAUCUCAGAUUCUCUUUUCAAAUCACCUUAUUUCUUUUGGCGUUCUUCAUGGACAGAUUCCACAGGGGUGUUAUUUUACUGUACAAAAGAAACAGAGGCAGUAAGAGGAUAUGUGCCAGACCGUUUCAAAGCUGGAUUGCUGCUGCUGCUGCUGCUGCUGCUCGAUGAUUUUUAUCCCCUUCAAAUCACAGGAGAGGGGAAGGAUGAAUGGAAAAGGACCAUACAGUAGAAAAGUCGACUUAGGUAAAUAAUAGGUGAGACUCUGUAAUUAAAAAGGUGACGUUCUGGUGUCUAGUAGGCGUACAGAGAGCAGAGUUCGUCUAUACAUAUAUUCAGAAUUAGUGUGUUUGCACACGCUCGUGAAUUCUCUGUGUGUAUCGUGUCUGUGACUUAUUCCGUGGGACUGACUUGUGUUAAUAUAUCUCUUGAUCUGGGGCAGGAGAGUACUGCUGAUCUUGGCACUAACGUGGCAUGGGCCCAGUGAAGCGGCUGCCCUGCGUCUCCUGCUUGCCCCUUCCAGGUGGGUCAGGGCCCAGGCGUGUGCGCUUGCCGGGCAGGAGCAGGCAAAUAAUGCUGCAAAGCUGGGCAGGAGCAGGCCAAUAAUGCUGCAAAGCUGAUACCUCACUUACCUCUGCUGGGUGCUUUACUGUUCUACAGAAUACUGUGUUUGAUUGUAUCUUCAACAGGGAAAAAACAACAACAACAACAUCAACAAAAGUUGUCAGUGCAUUCGAUUCAUUGCAUCCCCCUCUGCAAAUAGAUCAGGUUUUCUCAUUGCAGUUCCCUCUGUGAAAUUCAGACUCAAAAAGAAAUUGGUGUCAAUGCCUUUGCUGAAACGGGCUGUUGCCUCCACAGCCUUGCCAUGGCAAGGAGGUGUUGCUAACGGGUGGGCUGUACUGCUGGCUGAGUUCGUUUUGCGGGAAGGUGCUGGGGAUGAGCAUGGGAAUUAAACCAUUAGGAAAUUAUAUGCAGAAAUGGAACUUCUCCAAGGUUUGCAGUUCAAGGUAUUUGACCAUUCACUGGCUGAGCCAGGAAUUAUGGACUUAAAAGAGCUUUUACUGUGAUUCUUCGGUGUUGAAAAAAAAAAAAAUCAAGCUGUGUUUAUAUGAUUUGUAUAAAAAAACUUUUAAAAGUACUAUUUAAUAAACAUUAUGGUAGAGA